AUGAGCAGCAAGAACCACGGAAGCAACCACAAGACCCCCCCUCCUCCGCCAGAGGGUGUGCUGUCCGUCGUCCGUACCGCAGUUAAGAGCGGCCACACCGACUUGCUGCAGCGGCAAUGCAAUCAGCUCAUAGGGCGUAUCACGGUGCUCGCGACAAUCAUUCUGGAGACGACGAGCAACACACUCGACCGUGGCGCAACGCCGCGGGUGCGACACGUCGACCCAACAGUCACAGCGCUGCAAAAGCCCGGCGUCCACACAAAUAAUAAUAUCAAGAGUGGUAAUAAAGGUGUUAGCGCCUCUGGUGGCUCUGUUGCGGGGAGCAAAACACCUAAUCCGUCUUUGGGUACUCCCAAGCUCGCCUCUGUGGCGAGGAAUUUGUUUACAACGGAUACGCACUCGGCAUCGACCCCCAGGGCGGGCGUCGGCGACAGCCGUAAUGGUGCACUGCGCUGCAAGAGUGGCAAUGCACUGUGGAGCCCCGGUGUAGGCGAAUCGUCGCAGUACUUCAUCGAGAAGCGGGAGCUCACCGAUGAGGAAGUAGCAGCAGCACUCGCUGUGGUGGCGCGCGGUGAGCAGCACCCGUACCACGAGCUGAUGCAUAUAGAGUCGUUUGAAGUAAAGGAAUCUGGGAAAGCGUCACCACGUUGCGAUGAGACACAGCGUCUCCUUUCCUACUGCUGUUUCACAAGGGCCAUAUACGCCCACUACCCUUCUGUUGCUGCAACAGCGACGCCGCGGAAAGAAAGCGGUAAAGGGGGACUGAAUAAGCCGUUGCGUCGUCCAGGAUCUGCCUCAAGGACAAAGUCUGGUAGCCUUAAGACAACGCCGUCAAAGACACCACGGGGGGGCACCACAAAGUGCAACGAUGCCACACCACACGUGGCGGAAGCCGACGAGAUGUCUGGGCGUGCUGGGGUCGUUGUGUGGGAGCCGGCACUUCCUCCGGGACAGCUCACUCAUAGUGCGCCGAGUGCCACUAACAGUAAAAGAGCCGUCGUUCCCCCAGCGCGUGGCGAUGGUGAUGAUGCUCCAGACGCAGAUCUCUCCACCCCUGUGAACGGUGAUAUCCGUUUCAUUUUGCGGUCUUCGGAUCGGCUUUACAAGGUGUUUUUUUCAUCCACAACAACGUUGUGCAGCGGCACAAAUGAGGGGCACAACCACAUUCAAGGCGCAAAACCGCCUAUUCAACUGCGUCCGAUCCCCACGACAUCCUUCAACUGA